UGUGUGUUUCCAGCACGUGGCAUGCCUGGAUGUUCCUGUCCUGGCUGUGGCAUGGUGGGCCGAAGGCUCUUCUUUCUCACUGCCCUUGCCCUGGAGUUCCUGGGAAGGGCUGGGGCAGCCCAGCCAGCCCUCCGGAGCCUGGGGGCUGCCGCUGCCUGUCGCCUGGACAACAAGGAAAGCGAAUCCUGGGAGGCCCUGCUGAGUGGGGAGAGGCUGGACACAUGGAUCUGCUCGCUCCUGGGUUCCCUCAUGGUGGGGCUCAGUGGAGUCUUUCCCUUGCUCAUUAUUCCCCUGGAGAUGGGGGCCAUGUUGCGCUCAGAAGCUGGAGCCCAACGCCUAAAGCAGCUGCUCAGCUUUGCCCUGGGAGGACUCUUGGGCAAUGUAUUUCUGCACCUGCUGCCCGAGGCAUGGGCCUACACGUGCAGCACUAGUCCUGGUGGCGAGGGGCAGAGCUUGCAGCAGCAGCAGCAGUUGGGGCUGUGGGUCAUCGCUGGCUUCCUGACCUUCCUGGCGUUGGAGAAGACAUUUCUCAACAGCAAGGAGAAGGAGGGGAUCAGCCAGGCCCCCAGCAAAGACCCCACUGCUGCCGCGCUCAAUGGAGGCCACUGUCUGGCCCAGCCGGCUGCAGAGCCCGGCCUGAGAGCCGUGGUCCGGAACCUCAAAGUCAGUGGCUAUCUCAACCUGCUGGCUAAUACCAUAGACAACUUCACUCACGGGCUGGCUGUGGCCGCCAGCUUCCUUGUGAGCAAGAAGAUCGGGCUCGUGACGACCAUGGCCAUCCUCCUGCAUGAGAUUCCCCAUGAGGUGGGCGACUUUGCUAUCCUGCUCCGGGCUGGCUUUGACCGGUGGAGUGCAGCCAAGCUGCAGCUCUCGACAGCACUGGGGGGCCUGCUGGGGGCCUGCUUCGCCAUCUGUACGCAGUCCCCCAAGGGAGUAGAGGAGACGGUGGCCUGGAUCCUACCCUUCACUUCCGGAGGCUUUCUCUACAUCGCUCUGGUGAACGUGCUGCCUGACCUCUUAGAGGAAGAUGACCCAUGGCGCUCGCUGCAGCAGGUGCUGCUGCUCUGCUCGGGCAUUGUGGUGAUGGUGGUGCUGUCCUUCUGUGUGGAGUAGCCUUCGCCCCACCCCCUGCACAGCAAUAAGAGACUCAGAUAUCCGCUCUGUGAGUGUGUGCACGAGGCAAGGAGUGAGGGCUGGGAGACCUGCCCCUGCCACAAGAGAGGAUGGUGUGUGCGAGACCGACACUGUGACCCUUGUGUGUGUGCAGGGGCCCACGGCCCUGCCAUGCCUGCUCCAGGCUCCCCUCACGACCACCAUCUGUACCUGCUAGAGGAACCGCAGCCCCGGUCUCCACAGAGGUCUCAUCCCGCCAGGGCCCCCAAAAGGAGUGCAAGCAGCCCCAGGGCCACAGAGAACCCCAAGUUGUUCUCUGCUGCCAGAGCCUCCUGAGCAUCUGGCCUGGGGGAGCAGCCCCCUGGCUCACUCACCUACCCAGGCCCUGGGCAGCCCAGGCACAGAAGCAGGGGCCAGUUCUUUACUGCGCCCACUCCCCCCACCCCCUUCCUUCCCACUUCUACAGCCAAAGAAAGGGGAGGCAGGUGCUCAUGCAGCACCCAGUUCCACUCAGCACUGACGGGUGUACGCCUCCUAGCAUAAGCAGGGAGCUCACGUCUUUCCUCAGGGCCGCCUGCCCACGCCAGCUUCUGUUACCCAGCAAAAGUUCCCUGGCAGCACAGGCAGCUUGUGCCGCCUCCAGCUGCCAAGCAACAGCACACAGGGCAACAGGCAGCCCAGGCCAGCUCAGGGAUGCUCCUGCGGCAGUCCGGCACACAAGCCCCCCCUUCCCUGCUCAGCCCCCUUGCAGGCACCCCCUCCCCCUUGCCCUUUGGGACUCCGGGGAAGGUGAGGGGGGAGUGAGGAUUCCACAUUGUCAGCACUCAGGAAUGUGCUCUGGGAGAAUGCAGAAGCCAUAAUCCCCAGCUAUUUCCCUUGGCUGGCGCCCAGGUUCUCAGCUGGCCCGCUCCACAGCCUGGCUCCAGCCCUGCUGCUAGACCGUGGGUGUUUAUAGAGAAACGUGGCCAUCAAGGCUAAGCGGUUCUGCUGCAGUGUUGUAUCUGUAUCUGUACAUACCUGUUCUAUAGAUGAUGAAUAAAUAUUCUCCAGACUAUC